GAACUAAAAGUAAGAGAGUCAGCGUUAAGGGGCCAUUUUUGAUGCAUUUUCCCGGUAAAAUAAACAAACGGACCUAGGCUUAGGGUUUUGCAGCGUGUUUCAAUUGGGCAAGUAAAACAGGUCGAAGAAGGGCCUCAAAAAUCAAAAUCGAAGAAAUGAGAGGGGGAAGGAAGAAUUUGAAGAGGGCUGUUGAAGAAGAAUUUUUCACUCUUCAACAGGGCCAAAGUAUUAUGCAGGUUGUGGAUCUUCGAGGUUCCAACCUUAUUCAAGUGAUGGAUGCGAAAGGUGAAACAUCAAUAGCAAUAUUUCCAGCUAAAUUCCAGAAAAGCAUGUGGAUUAAAAGAGGCAAUUUUGUUGUGGUUGAUGAGAGAGGAAGAGAGGAAGCUGUUGAAUCAGGUAGAAAAGUGGGAUGUGUUGUUACGCAGGUACUCUAUUACGAACAAGUCCGUGUGCUUCAAAAGUCACCUGAAUGGCCAGAGAUCUUCAAAUCUACAGCAGUAGAGAGUUCAAAACAGGAUACGCAAUCACAUAAUACCCAGAUAGAUGAGAAUGAAGACUCAAGCGAUGAUGAUGGACUCCCUCCAUUAGAAGCCAAUACUAACAGAUUAAAUCCAUUUCAACAGGAGUCCGAGACAGAAUCUGAUUCAGAUACUGAUUCCUGAUCCAUGCUUUCGGACAUUCAUGGCACCAUGAAUGAUACCUUCAUUUUUGCAGAUGAAGUUGGUUGUAAAGACAUUGAUGUCUUUGAAUGCUAUUGAUUGUCCUAACGAACCAACUCUUUAUUUUGUCUUAUUUUCUUCAUGGCUGGUGCUUUACGUGCUUUUAGCCUGGAAUCCUGGAUCUUCCAAGUACUUUAAUUAAAAUAGAUGAAAUAUUA